CUUAAGGACAAACAUGGAUGCAUGGGAAGACCUUGUUUAUGAUGACGACGUCCUUGAAUCUUUUUUGAAAAAAUGUGAUGGUUCUGCCUCCCUUAUACCAGGACCAGCAGGUAAUGUUCAAGCUGCUUUACUGAAUAGGACAAUUACAGGAAACCCAAAAUCCACACAAGAAUUCGCUGCUGAUGUUGCUCAUGCAACAUUUGAAAGAGAUUUCAACUGUAAUGCUUGGAAAUGGGCAGAAAUGUUUAUUCAACACCAUGAACUAGUCAAAGAAGGAAAAAUGGAGAACAUGAGUAACCUUAAAGAGGCUAAAUCANGUAAGGUCCUUCCCUUUGUUGCAUGCUUNUUGAAAGAAUGCAAGCCAAAUGGUUUGGGAGAUAUGCAGCUNACGUUGAAGGAUCCUACUAGGACAAUGAAGGCUUCAUUACACAAUAAAGUUCUUCAAGAUCCUGAACAUAUCCACAUAUCAUUCACAAAUAAACAAUUACAAUAA